CCCCCCCAGGGCAGGCCCUGCGGACACCCCUCCCUCCGGCUGGCGGAUGCAGUGCCUAGCGGCCGCUCUUAAGGACGAAACCAACAUGAGUGGGGGAGGGGAGCAGGCCGACAUACUGCCGGCCAACUACGUGGUCAAGGACCGCUGGAAGGUGCUGAAAAAGAUCGGGGGCGGGGGCUUUGGUGAGAUCUACGAGGCCAUGGACCUGCUGACCAGGGAGAACGUGGCCCUCAAGGUGGAGUCAGCCCAGCAGCCCAAGCAGGUCCUCAAGAUGGAGGUGGCUGUGCUCAAAAAGCUUCAAGGGAAAAGCCACGUGUGCAGGUUCAUUGGCUGUGGCCGGAAUGAGAAGUUUAAUUACGUGGUGAUGCAGCUCCAGGGCCGGAACCUGGCCGACCUGCGCCGCAGCCAGCCGCGAGGCACCUUCACGCUGAGCACCACGCUGCGGCUGGGCAAGCAGAUCCUGGAGUCCAUUGAGGCCAUCCACUCUGUGGGCUUCCUGCAUCGUGACAUCAAGCCGUCCAACUUCGCCAUGGGCAGGCUGCCCUCCACCUACAGAAAGUGCUACAUGUUGGACUUCGGGCUGGCCCGGCAGUAUACCAACACCACGGGGGACGUUCGGCCCCCCCGGAAUGUGGCCGGGUUUCGAGGGACUGUUCGUUAUGCAUCAGUCAAUGCCCACAAGAACCGGGAGAUGGGCCGCCAUGAUGACCUGUGGUCGCUCUUCUACAUGCUGGUGGAGUUUGCAGUGGGCCAGCUGCCCUGGAGGAAGAUCAAGGAUAAGGAGCAGGUAGGGAUGAUCAAGGAAAAGUAUGAGCACCGGAUGCUGCUGAAGCACAUGCCUUCUGAGUUCCACCUCUUCCUGGACCACAUCGCCAGCCUCGACUACUUCACCAAGCCCGAUUACCAGUUGAUCAUGUCGGUGUUUGAGAACAGCAUGAAGGAGCGGGGCAUCGCUGAGAAUGAGGCCUUUGACUGGGAGAAGGCGGGCACUGAUGCCCUCCUGUCCACGAGCACCUCCACUCCACCCCAGCAGAACACCCGGCAGACGGCAGCCAUGUUUGGGGUGGUCAACGUGACGCCAGUGCCCGGGGACCUGCUCCGGGAGAACACCGAGGACGUGCUGCAGGGCGAGCACCUGAGUGACCAGGAGAACGCACCCCCAAUCUUGCCUGGGCGGCCCCCUGAGGGGCUGGGUCCCAGCCCCCACCUGGCCCCCCACCCUGGGGGUCCUGAGGCUGAAGUCUGGGAGGAGACGGAUGUCAACCGGAACAAACUCCGGAUCAACAUCGGCAAAGUAACUGCAGCCAGAGAGAAGGACGUGGGUGGCCUUCCCCCGCUCCCACCCUGGUUCCCAGCCCACGGCCCCCUUCCCUCUCCUCCUGUGUGCCCUCUCCCCGGCCACACGCCCGCUGGCCCUGCCUCCGAGGCCUCGCCCCAUGUCAGGAUCACCAGCGCCGACCUCCCUCUAUCUCCUUCACCCUGGGAAAAGCACUUGACCCACAGCCACCCUGUUGGCCCCCGUUCAUGGGACUCCCCUCUCCUGCAGACCCCUUGUGUGGUGGAAGAGGAGCAGAGCCGAGGUGUGGGGGUCCCUAGCUCCCCGGUGCGGGCCCCUCCAGACUCACCGACAACCCCAGUGCGUUCUCUUCGCUACCGGAGGGUCAACAGCCCUGAGUCUGAGAGGCUUUCCACAGCGGAUGGACGGGUGGAACUGCACGAGAGGAGGUCACGAAUGGAUCUGCCCGGCUCCCCCUCGCGCCAGGCCUGCUCCUCGCAGCCGGCCCAGAUGCUCUCAGUGGACACGGGCCACCCCGACCGGCAGGCCAGCGGCCGCAUGGACGUGUCGGCCUCCGUGGAACAGGAGGCCCUCAGCAACGCCUUCCGCUCCGUGCCGCUGGCUGAGGAGGAGGACUUUGACAGCAAGGAGUGGGUCAUCAUUGACAAGGAGACAGAGCUCAAGGACUUCCCCCCGGGGGCCGAGCCCAGCACAUCGGGCACCACGGACGAGGAGCCUGAGGAGCUGCGGCCACUGCCUGAGGAGGGCGAGGAGCGGCGGCGGCCGGGGACAGAGCCUAGCGUCAGGCCCCGGGGCCGAGGCAUGCAGACUCUGGCCGAGGAGGACCCUCGGCAGACUCCAUUCCAGCCCCUACCACCCCCGCUGAGCCAGGCCGAAGGCCGGUCAGAGACGUCACAGCCCCCCACGCCCGGCAGCCCUUCCCACUCGCCCCUGCACUCGGGACCCCGCCCUCGACGGAGAGAGUCGGAUCCCACAGGCCCGCAGAGACAGGUGUUCUCCGUGGCGCCCCCGUUUGAGGUCAAUGGUCUCCCGCGAGCUGUGCCUCUGAGCCUGCCCUACCAGGACUUCAAGAAAGAUCUCUCUGAUUACCGAGAACGGGCUCGGUUGCUCAACAGGGUCCGGAGGGUGGGCUUCUCCCACAUGCUGCUCACCACCCCCCAGGUCCCACUGGCAACAGUUCAGCCCCAAGCUAAUGGGAAGGAGGAAGAGGAAGAGGAGGAAGAAGAGGAGGAAGAGGAGGAAGAGGAGGAAGAGGAGGAGGAGGAAGUCGAGGAGGAGGAAGAGGAAGACGAGGAGGAGGAGGAGGAGGAGGAGGGCGAGGAGGAGGAGGAAGGGGAGGAGGGGGAGGAGGCAGUGGCUCCAGGGGAGGUGCUGGGGCCUCGCAGCGGCUGCAGCAGUGAUGGCAGUGAAAGGAGCACGGACCGCAGUCAGGAGGGUGCCCCAUCCACGCUGCUGGCUGACGACCAGAAGGAGUCCAGGGGCCGGGCCUCCAUGGCCGACGGGGACCUGGAGCCUGAGGAGGGCUCCAAAACGCUGGUGCUCGUCUCCCCUGGCGACAUGAAGAAGUCGCCCGUCGCCGCCGACCUGGCCCCCGACCCUGACCUGGGCACUCUGGCUGCCCUCACUCCUCAGCAAGAGCGGCCCCAGCCCACCGGCAGCCAGCUGGACGUGUCUGAGCCGGGCACCCUGUCCUCUGUCCUCAAGUCUGAGCCCAAGCCCCCUGGACCCGGGACAGGGCCAGGGGCCGGGGCAGUGACCGCAGGGGCAGGAGGAGUGGCAGUCACCUCCUCACCCUUCACCAAAGUUGAGAGGACCUUUGUGCACAUUGCGGAGAAAACCCACCUCAAUGUCAUGUCUUCCGGUGGACAAGCCUCCCGGCCUGAGGAGCUGGGCCCUGGGGGUGAGCUGGGCCUGGAGGCACCCUCUGAUGGGAGGGCUGUGGAGGAGGGGGCCUCCGUGCCCCUGGAGAACGGCAUCGCCCAGGCAGGGCUGGAGAGCUGUGCUCCGACUGGCCCCCCCGGGGACAUCCCCGUGGAGGCGGCCACAGACUCACUGCCCAAUGGCCCAGCCCUUGCCAACGGGCCGGCCCCAGCGCCCCCGCUGGAGCCAGGCCCCGAGAAACUGGCCACCGUCUCCCCCAGCCGCCAUGCCACGGCAGGCCCCCGCCCCAGGAGCCGGAUCCCUGUCCUGCUGUCGGAGGAGGACACGGGCUCGGAGCCCUCCGGCUCCCUGUCCGCCAGAGAGCGGUGGGGCAAGAGGGCCCGGCCACAGCAGGACCUGGCGAGGCUGGUGAUGGAGAAGAGGCAGGGCCGCCUGCUGUUGCGGCUGGCCUCUGGGGCCUCGUCCUCCUCCAGUGAGGAGCAGCGCCGGGCCUCGGAGACGCUCUCGGGCACGGGCUCCGAGGAGGACACGCCUGCCUCGGAGCCCGCUGCCCCCAGGAAGGCCGGGGGGGCCGCUGCCACCCGGAGCCGGAUUCCCCGCCCCAUCAGCAUCCGCAUGCCCACGCCCGCCGCGGCCCAGCAGCAGUCCGCGGGCAGCCCCCAUGGCGCUGCCCCCGCCUCCGACACAGCCAUCACCAGCAGGCUCCAGCUGCAGAAGCCUCCAGGGUCGGCCGUGGCUGCUGACCUCCGCCCCAAACAGCCCCCCGGCCGGGGCCCGGGGCCCGGGAGAGCCCCAGCCGGCGCCAGGCCCCCCGCCCCGCGCAGUCCAGGCCCCUCCGCCUCCGCCGCGCCGCGCCACCCCAACGCGUCCCCCCGGAGCCAGUCCCUGUCCCGCAAGGAGAGCUCCUCCCCCUCGCACCAGGCCCGGCCCGCGGGGCCCCCGCCCCGGGGCGCCCCGCAGGCGCGGGCCCAGCCUGAUGGCACCCCCUCCCCGGGGGGCCCCAAGAAAGGACCCAGAGGGAAACUCCAGACUCAGCGCGCAGCAACCAAAGGCCGGGCGGGGGUCGCGGAGGGCCGGGCCGGGGCCAGAUAAUGACGCGCGCGGCUCUCCGCGGCCCCCCACCCUCACCCCGGCCCCCCACCCGCAGCCGGCCACACUGAAACAGCUCCCAGCACAGCCUUACGCGCCUGACGCGCGCCACCCGCGGCCCCAGCUUCCCGCCUGCACCCGCGAGGACGCGCGCCGGCCCGGCCCCGAGGGGGCCGCCGCGCUGCGGGGGGAGGGCCCGCCUCCCGGUCCUCCGCCCCCUCUCCGUGACCCCUGCCCUCCCCCUGCCGCCCUUCGGGUGGGGCAGGCUCACCCUCCGCCCCGGGGAAGGCUCAGCCACUUUUUCACCGAGGACUCCACUCAUGGGGACGUCCCCCGCCCCCACCCGCCAGGCCGCUGCUGCUCUCCGUGCUCCCCCCAGGGACCUCUGCUUACACCUCCUGCGGCGCCUUUCCCUCCUCCUGGCCUUCUCCCAGCCCAAGCCCACCCACUCCCGUUUUCAGAAAGGCAGCCUCAAAUUCCGGAAGUGGAAGCUCCAGCCUACCCUCCCCACUGCCCCCUCCCCCCCAGGGGCCAAAAAGCCUCUUCUCAGCUGCCAGGCUGGGGUUGGGGAGCUGGGACCUAGGGGCCAUUGGUCUACUCAGGUGUGAGGGGGCAGGUCUGACCAGCCCCAAAGUCAGCUCCAUCCUGGACACCCCUGUCGGAAGCAGUGGGCAGGUGAUUGGGGGGCUGCUGUCCUGCACCCCUAGGGUGCAAAGUCCUCCUCCCCCCAAAUUUGGGUGGGUCCUCAGUGGGAACCAUAGAGUGUGUGGGGGCUGCCUUCCUGGGCACGUGUUUCCCAAUGGGAAGUUGGAGGGGGGCUUUAAAAAAGGUUUCACCCCCUCCCUUGGCCUCCUGAUCUAGUGCUCAGGACCCCUCACCAUCAGGAAUUCCUUCUUGCCAUCUAACCUCAAUCCUGCCUGCUGCAGUUUCAGCCGACUUCCCUCUCUCCUGAGUUCAGUGGAGGUGGAGAAUGGCUGGUUUUCAUCUUCUCUGCACUGGCUGUUUAGAGAUUCAGGGACUCAG